UAGAGGAUUCAUAGUCGACUGGGUAGGUUUGGCUCUGCUCUAGCCCCGGAAGCGACGAUGGCGGAGGCGACGCCGACGAUGGUGUUCGUCUACGGCACCCUGAAGCGCGGGUUCCCUAACCACCCGCUCCUCGUCGCCUCCUCCUCCCCGUUCGUCGGAGCCGCCUCGACGGCCGGCCCGGCCUCCCUCGUCAUCGGCCCCUACUCGGUCCCCUUCCUCCUCCCUCCUCCCUCCUCCGCCUCCUCCGGUCGCGUCGUCUCCGGCGAGCUCUACGCCCCCUCCCCCGCCGCUCUCGCCGAGCUCGACGACCUCGAGGGCACCCACAUCGGUGUCUAUGAGCGGCGCCCGAUCACCGUCGUGGCCGACGGGUCCGGCGAGGCGGUGCAGGCGGAGGCGUACUUCGCGCACCCGAGCUACGCAGAGGCGCUCUGGCGGCGCUGCGGCGGUGAGGCGGCCGAGAUUGGGGAGUACACCGUGGACCAUGCCGGCCGGUACGUCCCGAAGAGCGAGCGCGCCGCCGAAGCUGCUGGGCUCAUUGACGCCAUCCAUAGGUUCCUCGCCACUGCCCCGGAGAACUGACGUCGUGCUCGCGGAUUACUACAACCAUAGUUCAGUGAAUUUGUCAGCAUGACUGAAUUCAAGUUUUUUCGAAUAAUCAUCCAAGGUUUGCAUACAGAACCGUUUUGUCUUGUUCAGUGUGGAUUGCAUGCAGAGCUAUUCAAGUUUAUCCAAGUAUUGCAGUUGUAAAAUACUGAAUUCUUUGGUAGUUUGGAUGAAAAUGUACUUGCUGUUGGACAAGGAAAUUUUUCACAAGUGCUAAUCCAAGUGCGGUCGUUUAAUGGAAAA